UCGGCGUCCCUGGGGUAUAGCCGGUGAAAGCAGGUUGCCCUAUAAAAGUAGAGAGCAAUCUUUUUCUCACUAACUGAGGUAUAGAGAGAGAAAGAGCGUCGCUGAGACGUAAAGCGGGGAGCACACACUUUUGCAUAAGCGCAUAACAAUAAGCAUAAGGAAAUUGAUCGGUUCAUUUUUUUAUGCAUACAUUUGUGGACCAAUCAAUUUCUUUAUGUUUAUGGUUAUGCGCCUAUGCAAAAGUGUGUGCUUCCCGCUUAACAGUCAUCUUCGGUUAAGUUCGGUUAAGUUAACCGACUGUUAAAAUCAGCAGGGUGGCAACAGAAAAUGGAGGUAUUUGUGGCGACUCAUUCAUUAAACGAAUUAUUAGCAGCAGCUAGUGCAAAAUUCGAAAUAACUGCAAAAAAAAUCUUUACAUCACAAGGUGGAGAAAUUGACGAUAUUAAGCUAAUUAGAGAUGAUGAUAUUCUAUAUGUUUCAAAUGGAGAAAAUUUUAUGCCGGUAAAUAAGAUAUGUGGUCAUAAUCAAUUAAAUAGGAAUUCAGAAUGGAUUACACUGAAUGUCGGAGGAAAAUAUUUUACUACAACUAGAGACACUUUGACUAAGAAAGAACCUAUGAGUAUGUUAGCAAGAAUGUUUACAGAAACUACAAAUGCUGAACAUGCCAUACAGCCAAGUAGACAAGAUCAUCAUGGAGCAUAUUUAAUUGACAGAAGUCCUACAUAUUUUGAACCAUUAUUAAAUUAUUUGAGACAUGGUCAAAUAAUUCUUGAUUCGAAUAUUAAUAUAGCUGGAGUAUUGGAAGAAGCUUCUUUUUAUGGUAUUGAUGGAGCUAUUCAAAUUCUUACUACUAUGGCAGAAAAGGGAACUACAAAAGAGGGUCUUAUAUCUCUAACUCGCAAAGAUGUACUUAAAGCCAUUAUGUCAACAUCAACUAAUGCAGAACUUAGAUUUCAGGGAGUUGAUUUUGUAAGAGCUGAUCUUUCAAAACUAGAUCUUAGGAAUAUUAACUUUAAGUAUGCUAUCAUGCAUCAUUGUAGUCUAGCAGGUGCUAAUUUGUCAGGAUGUUGUUUUGAGCGUGCUGAUUUAUCUCAUGCUAAUUUGCAAGGUGCACAACUUGUAUGUGUCAAAAUGUCAUGUGCAAAUUUAGCUGCAGCCAAUAUGCAUUCGUGCAAUUUUGAAGAUCCUGGUGGUCUACCAGCAAACAUGGAAGGUGUAAAUUUGAAAGGUGCUAAUCUUGAAGGCAGUAAUAUGGCAGCUGUCAAUCUCCGAGUAGCCACAUUAAAAAAUGCUAUUCUUAAAAAUUGCGUUUUGAGGUCUGCUGUUUUAGCUGGUGCUGAUUUGGAGUGCUGUGACUUAUCUGGCUCUGACCUACAGGAUGCAAAUUUGCGUGGUGCGAAUUUGAAGGAUACUGCUUUUGAAUUAAUGUUAACGCCGCUACAUAUGUCUCAAACAAUACGAUAACAAUGAAUGUUAUACUGCAUAUUAUUAAAUUGAAUUUUAUAAUAAUGUAAAGUUUAAUAUAAUUUAUAGUAAUUUUAAUAAAUAAUUUAAUGUUCAAAAUA